AUGAAGUGUACUGUAGCUCUAUUGCUUGUUGUUGGUAUUGCCUGUGCAGCAAGCUUGCAAAAGACAGACAGAGAGAGAGAAGUCGUUGGACAAGGUCGUGAAGUUAGAAAAUUGGCUGGUGAUCACCGUGAAGUUAAAGAAUUUGCUGGAGAACACCGUGAAUUCAGAGAGCUGGCUAAAAAACAAAGUGACCUUAAAGAGCCGGUCCGAGUUUCAUUGUCAUUGAAAGAAGCCCAGUAUCUGGUUAACAAGCUUCAAUUUAGACCAAUACGACUUUGUGAGGAGACCUGUACCAAUGGUGGAGAUCCUUACUCUUGCUGUCAAGCUCAUGGCUACCCAAAAGGCGGACACUGUAACGAAAACAACCAAGUCUUCUGUGAUGAAUAG